AUGAGUGUCAACGUUAACAGAAACGUCAGCGAUGUGUUCUAUCGCUACAAAAUGCCCCGGCUUAUGGCCAAAGUUGAAGGUAAAGGUAACGGUAUAAAAACGGUAAUUGUCAACAUGGCCGAGGUCGCCAAAGCUCUAGGACGACCUCCCACGUACCCUACUAAAUACUUCGGCUGUGAGUUGGGCGCUCAAACUCAAUUCGACUUUAAAAAUGAACGUUUCAUUGUGAACGGUUCCCAUGACGCUUCUAAACUGCAAGAUCUUCUAGAUGGGUUCAUACGCAAGUUUGUUUUGUGUCCUGAAUGCGACAAUCCAGAAACUGAUCUUCUAGUUUCUCUAAAGAAAAACACAAUAUCCCAGGGAUGUAAAGCGUGUGGCUACCACGGUUUGUUGGAAUCUAACCAUAAGUUGAUGACCUUCAUCUUGAAGAAUCCACCCAACUCGAAUCCAGCCAGUCAAGGAUCGUCGCUGACCGAAGGAAAACGAUCCAAGCGCAGCAAACGUAACGGAGAAGCGAAUGGCGACCAAGAUGAUCAAAAUGACUCGACGCUCGAUUCUUCAGCUAUUGAAAAUUCCACAGACAAUAACGGUGGCAGUGAUGACGACCAAACUGAAUGGGCCGUAGAUGUGUCCGAGGAAGCUGUAAGGGCAAGGAUGCAAGAUCUUAGCGAUGGUGCCAAAAACAUGACCAUCAGUGACGAUCUUGAAAAAUCCGAAAAAGAACGUAUGGACAUCUUGUACAACAUGGUAAAAGCCAAACGCGAUACCGGACUCUUGGGAAACGUGCAGACUCAAAAAGAAGUCUUGAGCGAAGCGGAACGUUUGGAGGUCAAGACUAAAGCUCCUCUCGUUUUGUCCGAGUUGCUUUUUGAUCAGAACAUCCUCGCGCAGGCUAAAAAAUAUCGUUUGCUCUUCCUUCGUUUCACAUUGAACGAUAAAAAAGCACAGAAAUAUCUAAUCGGUGGGCUAGAACAAGUCAUCGCCUUACACAAAGACAAACUUAUGAGUAAAGUUCCUGGCUUGCUGAAAAUCUUUUACGAUAUGGAUAUCCUUGGGGAGGAGUGCAUCAUAGAAUGGUCCGAAAAAGUGUCCAAAAAAUACGUAGCUAAGGAAGUAAGCCAAGAGAUUCACGACAAAGCAGAACCGUUCAUAAAAUGGUUGAAGGAAGCCGAAUCGGAAGAUUCCGACAACGAUGACGAUGAAGAAGACGAUGACGUGGAGAUUGAAUACAAUGACAGGGCACAAAUCCAACUGAAGAUUACUCCCCAAAGCAAACCCAAACCGGCGGCAAGUAACGAUGAUGAUGGGCAAGACGAUGUGGAUAUCGAUGCUAUCUCUAAGACAUUCAAUUCUAAAAAUGACAGAGCGGUGUUGCUGUUACUUUUAGAUUGUGUCUAA